AUGACUAUAUGCUCUUGCAAGAAUUGGAGUCCAUCUUUCUCAUUAAAAGUAGAUCCGGUAGAAUUUCAAGCUACUGUAAAUUUGGGUUAUUUUGCAAGGGAUGUGUCUGCAUUGAUUGCAACAAUACGAAAUGAAACACCUGAACUUGCAAAAGGUGCCGCAAAAGCUGUAUAUGAGCUGUAUGAGGUUGUUACGCAUGAUCUGCUGUCCACUGAUUUAAGGGAGCAGCUUGAUACAUGGAACAUCUUAGCGAGAGCGAGAAAUGAAGGGCGUUUAUUUUCUCAAAUAGAAUGGCCCAAGGAUCCCGAAAUUAAGGAUCAGGUGAAGCGGUUGCACCUUCUUCUGACUGUGAAGGACUCGGCAGAUAAUAUUCCAAAAAAUCUAGAAGCUAGAAGAAGAUUGGAGUUCUUUACAAACUCUUUAUUUAUGGACAUGCCUCCAGCGAAGCCAGUUUGCGAAAUGAUGCCCUUCUGUGUCUUCACUCCAUACUACAGUGAGACUGUACUUUAUAGUUUGUCUGAGUUGCGGGUUGAAAAUGAGGACGGGGUAUCUACACUUUUCUAUCUUCAGAAAAUUUUUCCAGAUGAAUGGGAAAACUUUUUAGAACGAAUUGGAAGAGGUGAUUCCAUCGGGGAUGUAGAUCUUCAAAACAACUCAAUUGAUUCUUUGGAGCUUCGGUUUUGGGCAUCUUAUCGUGGGCAGACGCUAGCAAGAACCGUACGUGGUAUGAUGUAUUAUAGAAGGGCAUUAAUGCUACAGAGUUUUCUAGAAAGGAGGUCGUUGGGAGGUAUUUGUUUUUCCAUUUUCUAUGAAAAUUAUUAUUUCUAA